AUGACAACCACGACCACGACCUCAACUACAUCCUCCGUCCGCGGCGCUCUGAACAUCCCCGCCUCGCGCAAAUUCGUCGACGGAUCCCCCUACCAAACCCUUCCCGUUAUCUCCGACCCAGCGACCGGGCGCAUAGUGGGUGACUCCUUUGAAAUUGCGACAUACCUGCAGGAACAAUACCCGUCCUCGGGGGCGGGGGACUUGUUCCCGGCACAGGAGCUAGGGUACGUCUUUGGGCAGGACUUGGAGCUUUUUGCGCCAAUUGCGGAGGCGGAGGCGGCGGAGGGGCAUAUUGCGGCGUACGCGAAGUUCAAUACCAAUGUGGAUGCUGCGUUUACUGCGCAUACGCAGCUGAUAGUUCAAGGGUUUCCUUUUGAUCCGGCUACCGCAGAGGAGAGCAAGGCGGAGUUCUCGCGGAGGGCGGGAGUGCCGUGGGAGGAUAUGGGGAUUAGCGGGGAGAAGCGGGGGGAGGUGUUGAGGUCAUUCGAGGAGACCCUAGGCGGGCUUGCUAGGUUGUAUAGGAGGGAUGCGAGUGGACCAUUUCUGAUGGGGAGUAGGGCAAGUUAUGCGGAUUUUAUUGUUGGGGGGUGGUUGCGCAUGAAUCGGGGCAUGUUGCCGAGGGAGGAGUGGGAAGCGUUGAAGGGGUGGCAUAGUGGUGUAUUUGGAAAGUUAGAUGAAGCGCUGGAGAUGUUUGCCCAGAUGGACUAG